UAAAGUUGAAGUCUCAGAGUGAAUUUUAACGUUACUGGUCUGAAUGUACUAGUGUGUUUUACCAGAAAGUAUAAAACAACAAACGUGACUUAAUUAUAGAUACUCAGUGUGUGUGUGUGUGUGUACUUCACAUUGUCCAUUUGUAAAAGAGUUGAUUGUAUUUUUUAGGGCAAACAGAAAAAACUUCAAGAUGUGCUGCUCGGGGCUCCUGAAAACAAUGAUGUUCAUCUUCAAUGGUGUCAUCUUCUUGGCAGGUGCUGCAAUCCUGGGAGUGGGGAUCUGGGUGACAGUAGACAGCAGCUCCAUGCUUGGUGUAUUAUCUUAUAUUAAAGAUGCACCCCCCCAGUUGGCUCAACUGGCUAACGUGGGCUACCUGCUGAUCGCUGUGGGGUCCAUACUUGGUGUCAUGGGCUUCCUGGGAUGCUGUGGAGCCAUAACUGAAAACAAGUGCAUGCUUCUUACAUUCUUCAUCAUUGUGCUUAUCAUCUUUAUUGCCGAGGUGGCUGGAGCCAUUGUUGUUCUGGUGUUCAAGCCCUUGGCAAAGGAUAUUUUGGAAAAGUUGAAUAAUGAGUUUGUUCAGAAUAUCAAGCAGAACUAUGAAAUCAACGAAGACUUCACAAGUGUCCUGAAUAACACUAUGGAAGCGCUGAAAUGCUGUGGAUACAACAACUACACUGACUUCACAAAUGCUGAUUUCCAAGGGCCCACCAAAUAUUACCCAGUGUUUUGCUGUGCUGAUGAUAUUCCAGUGUUAGAGUGUACUUUGGGCAACGCAGAAAAAGAGGAAGUGACUGGAUGUUUCAAUGCACUGCUCAAACUGAUAGAAGAUAACGCUGGUGUGAUAGGAGGCGUGGCUCUUGGCAUCGCAGCUCUAGAGAUUGCUGCAAUGGUCGUGUCCAUGGUCCUUUACAAUAAGAUAGGGAAAUAAUUACGAAGGCUAAUGUUGCUGGAAGCACUGAUGUAUGCACUUCUUCUGAGUACAGUCCUACUAACUUCACUGCAGGCUGAUUGCGGUCUUUCAGCUGCUUAUUGAUACAAAUUCUCAUGAGUCGUCCCUUAUGAAAAGUUACCACUGGGUAACCAACGGCAUGAGAGGUUGGAGGGGUACAUUUAAUUUAUUAUAAUUCCUGUGAAUAAUGCAAGAGAUCUAAUCACGUUGGCUAACUCCACCCAUGCUUGCUAAUAAGACGAAGGAUGAAUAAGCUCUAGUGAGAAACAGUUAAUAUGAACUUUUUUUUAUUUGAUGUCUAUUGGUGCCUAUUAGCUUUUAUUUAUUUGUAAGUUUGUAAGAUUCAUGUUAGAUGAGAUAAUGAGAUUCCAGAUUAGUCAAGAUUUGAAUAUUUUCUUCCUGUUUACUUGGUCAUAAAAACAAAAUACUGUGUACCACUUG